UUAAGGCCUGGAACCGUCUAUGAAAUUGUGUAUUUAUCUUGAGACUUACAUUAAAAAAAUCUAAGUAGAUUCAAUGUACCAAAUGUGAUGAGAAUGUAAUUAUACCUAUUUCUCAUUUAAUCUAUCUUGUAAUCAGUUUAGACAACUUCUUGCAAUUACCUCAAUAAAAAUAAGAAACAAAGCUUAUACAUGAAUAGAUUUAAAUAUACAAGUCCACUUUUAUUAGAUGGCGAAUCAACAGUUGCAGUAGAAAAUAAUGUAAGGUUAUAUGAUGGAGAUCAAAAGACGUCUUUUGAAGGAGGGGAGCUGAUAAUAACCACACAUCGAAUUUUAUGGGGCCGUCCAGGACAGAUACCUAGAGGUCAAACAUGUUUAUCCUUACAUUUGAGUUUUGUUGUCUUUGUUGAGGAAGAAUCACCUAGUGCAUUUAGUUUCAGUAGAUCUCGAAAGAUCAUUCUACAUUUAGCUGAAUCAAAUGAUACUACUAAUGGACCCCAACUAACAAGUAUUUAUAACUUCAUAAAGCUAUCUUUUAGAGAUGGCUAUACAAACAAUGUUCUAUCUAUUCUUAAUGAAGUGCUACAGACAAAGCAAUGGGAGCCCAAAUUACCACAAAUACCUGUACAAAAUAAACCCAAUAUACCUGUUAUUAAACCAAGAUUGGGAAUUGUAGGAAUAGAAAGGAGCAUUCAAGCAAAACAAAAAGAGACAGAUGCUUCUAUAAAUAUGGCAUUUCAAGAUUUAAAUAAACUUAUGGCUAUGGCAAAAGAUAUGGUUAAUAUAUCCAGAACAAUAUCAACGAAAAUUAAAGAAAAACAAGGUGAUAUAACUGAAGAUGAAACAGUACGCUUUAAAUCUUACUUAUUGAGUCUUGGUAUUGAUGAUCCAGUUACUAGGGAUUCUUAUAAAUCUGAUAAUCAAUACUAUCAGAGUUUAGCCAAGCAAAUUUGUAGUUUUCUACAACCACAUCUUGAAGAUAUGGGAGGCAUGAUGGCUCUUAGUGAUGUCUUCUGUAGAGUCAAUAGAGCACGAAGUUUAGAAUUACUGUCUCCUGAAGAUAUAUUGAAUGCUUGCAAGAUCAUGGAAAGUUUAAAUUUACCAUUGAAAUUGUACCAGUUUUCAUCUGGGGUAAUGGUACUACAGUUAAGUAGCUUGGACAGUGCUAGUAUUUCAGAAGCUACUGCUACUUUGGUAGAAGAAAAAGAAUCACUUUCAGCAGAAGAGUUAUCUCAACAAUUAGGAAUUUCUUUAACAUUAGCUAAAGAACGACUACUUACUGCGGAGAGGUAUGGCAAAUGUUGUAGAGACGACUCUAUCGAAGGAUUGAGAUUUUACCCCAAUUUAUUUUUAACUAAAGAGGAAUAGGUAAUAUUGUUUGAUAUUCUUUUUAAAUUAUUAUAUUCUAAAUAAAUUAAUAAACCAUAUUUUAUCAUAAA